AUCCCAACUUGGGUGGCUUGGUUUGGUUGCGGGGGAAGGAGAGGGUGAGAGGUUUUAGUGGUAAGGAAAGAGAAAGGCAUGGCGAUGAGAGCAUCUGCGGCGGCACCUCGUGGACUGAGAAGACUAUUCUCGAGCUUCGCUUUCGCUCCUCCGCCCAGCACCGCUGCUAAUACAGCUACUCUUUUGGCCAAGCCCUCCACGAGCCUCUUCGUCUCAGGCAAAGGAAUGGCGAUGAGAGCAGAUGCGGCGGCACCUUAUGGAAUGAGAAAACUAUUCUCGAGCUUCGCUUUCAAUCCUCCGCCCAGCACCGCUGCUAAUACAGCUCCUCCUGCGGCCGAGCCCUCCACGAACCUCUUCGUCUCAGGGCUUAGCAAACGUACUACUUCAGAAGGACUUAGAGAUGCCUUCUCAAAAUUUGGUCAAGUGAUUCAUGCCAGAGUUGUGACGGACCGUGUCUCAGGAUAUUCCAAGGGGUUUGGUUUUGUUCGCUAUGGCACUUUAGAAGAGGCUGCAAAAGGUAUAGAAGGCAUGGAUGGCAAGUUUCUUGAUGGAUGGGUUAUUUUUGCGGAGUAUGCAAGACCUAGAGAACCACCCUCGUCGCCACCUUUGGAGAAUGCUGGAGUUCCUCCAUUUGGCCGUCCUUGACGCAGUUGAAAGUGAGCAAGCUUUUCAUCCCCAUGUUUUGCAUUAUGAGAGUUCAAAUGUCUCCUAUCACCUGGCAUAGUAUCUUCUGCUGGACGGCAUUGAACGAGUUGAACUGAUUGAGGACUAGGAUUGCAUUCCAUCAAACUGUAUUGUCAAUUGUGUUGGGACUCUGUGUUUGCUAUUUAUUAUGAUUGUGGGGUUAGCAUUUUUUACAA